AUGGAAGAAAAUUUUAACAAUAUCAAGGAGGUCAAAGCGGGUCAGAGGGACCAUGUAUCCUCAAGAUCUGGAAAGGGAAGAGUCGACAUCAAUUCGGAAAACGUUCUCGGUGAGAAGCUAAAGCCAGUGUUUGAGAGGCUUAACGAGAUUACAAUUGUUAUGAGAAGCACGACUUCUUCGCAACAACGGGGAGAACCAGACGUAAACAUUGACAGUCCAUAUCAGACGGGCUUUAUCAAGAAAACCAGUGAUGCUGAUUCAAUCAAGUUGGAAAAGAGACCUCUGGAAGAAAAAUUUAAGAAUAUCAAGGAGGUCAAGACUAGUCAGAGGGACCAUGUAUCCUCAGGAUCUGGAAAGGGCAGAGUCAACAUCAAUUCGAAAAAAGUUACUGAGGAUGAUCCGACGUUGACUCAGAAAGAAAAAAAUUGA